CUGGUUCAUGGAUGCCACCUGCAGCCACCCGUUAGUGCAGGGGUUGUAGGAAUGCGCAGCGGAGAUCUCCUGGCUGGUGAUCCGGUAGCCGCCCACGAUGAAAAGGUAGUUGUCCAGGAUGGCGGAGCCAUAGCCCCUGACAUUCACCAGGUCUGGCGGAAGGUUGUUGGCCAGCGGGAACCAACGUUCCGUCGUCUCCUCAUACCUGAGCAUGGACUGGGGCUCACCCUGUGAAAGGCAUCCGUGAAGAGUCACCUUCAGACAAAGAAGGAAAGCAGGGGGGACAAUCACUUCUUCCAGAGGCUUUGGAACAAAGUGUUAAAAUAACCUGGAACGUGUCCACCAAAGACACUAGAAAGCCAAAAGUUCACCUGAGGGUGAUUUGGGAAGAAAAAGAAAAACCAAUAUGCAAACUCGGAGUGGCCUCAUUUUUCUAGAUGGUGGCCCUCGGGAAGAGUCCCAAGGAAGCUCUCUCUUAACAAAAGCUUCAAUGUCCUGAGACUGCCCUAGACCCUGCUGGUCAACUCCAGCUUCUUCUGUCUGGAAAUCAGAUUUACUGCUGACUCUUCCUACCAGGGAGAUGCAUGCGUCCGUGGUGACUGCACAUGUGUUACUGCUGCUGAGUAUGGGGUGGACAUCAGACGCUCUCUGCUCACCCACAAUUUUUUACAGAGACUGUUGGAUCCGUCGCUUCCCGGGUCUUCUGGUUGACCUCGAGGAGUCCCAGAAGCUGGGAGCGCAGUUCUUGAAGUAUUACACUGAAAGCACGGGCCAGAGGUGCAGUAGGAGCUGCUGCCUUAGGAAAGAUGUUUCCUGUAACCUGGCUGUCUUCUACCACGAUCCCAUUCAUGACAAUGUCAACUGCCUUCAUAUUCACUGCCCUACACUAGAGAGCUGCAUAUUACAGCCUGGGACCAGUGCCAUUUUGUACAACAUAACAGAAGGUAUCGAUCCGGAUUUACUCAUCUUUGAACAAUCACCUCCCAAUUAUCUAAAUACUCGUUCUUCAUCUAAUAGGUGGGCCAGGCUACGGAUUCAAAAAGCUAUGAGCUUAGAUCAACAACACACCACAAUGGUAAACCCAGUCUCCCUAACCACACAUCAAGAUCUGGCUGUCAACACAAACAGGACCAGUUAUUCCAAGGAGUUAACCACAGAUUCCUGGGCCAGAUUCAUUUCCAUGAAUGACUCCAUUACCGCAAAGGUACAUAUGGUGUCACCACAUUUUGAUUUCAUCAACAAGCCAGAUAACAAGACCUUUUCUCCUUUCUUUGUGCCCGUAAAAACAAAACCUUCUCAGAUGCCUGCUCCAUCCCGACUCAAUAGUAGCAAACAGUUUCUGAACAAAACCAAGGGCUACAGCGCCAGAAACCAUACAUCUGAGACCAAACACAAGACACCUGAUGUGGCUUAUGCCACUUCAAAGCCGUGGCUGGUUCCAGUAGCACUCUGUACCUCUGUCAUCUUGCUUUGCUGUUGCUUAGUGACCUUGGUAUCUCGGUGUUGUCGGAAGCAGCAGGGUCAGUAUAAGCCGGGACGGAGAAAGCCAGGACCGGGGAAAUUAAAAAGUGCAACACUCUGAAGCAGAGCUCUUAAGAGUGCACGUUGUGGAGAGGUUGGACACUUUUGAGAGUAUUGUUUUUAGUCUUCUGUAAGAUAAAGGCAAUUUGAGUUUUAAAAUAAUUUUAUAGGAUCAUUUUCCGACUCCUAUUAAUUUCUAGAAAUCAGUGCUUGAUAAACCUAAAUGCCUUUUUAAUUAAUCCCAUUUCUUGAGUGCUAAACUCUUUGCCAACAUUCCAGAAUGCUGACCUGUUAGGAUUUAGCCUCCCAUGAGAGCUAUAGUACUAAGUGCUUUACAUAUAGGAACUCAUUGAAUUCCUACAAAUCUGAGUUAGGUACACUAUUAUGAACCUUUAUAGUGCUAACUUUUUAAUUAUAAAGAUGAAGAAACUGAGGCAAAGAGGUCAAGCAUCUUGUCUAAACUCUAGUCAGUAGUGGAAUCUGGACUUACACCCAGGCUGGCUCAAAAACCCAGACUUGAAACCACUGCUUAUACUAAACACCUGUUUUUCCAGUAAGCAUGAAGAGAAGAUAGAGGGCAAUGCUAUAACAUAAUUAGAUUUGUUUCCCCGUCAAGUUCAACCUAUGUUUUAAAGAAGCUCUUUAGUUGUUAAAGCAAAAAAGAAAUAUUACCGAAUACUCGCUGACAAAUACCUUCAAUGUUUUAUGUAGUUUUCUAUGUUCAAAUAAGCAAUCCUCCUCACCUCUAAUCCAUCAACAUCAUUUUCUACAGCUGAGACGCACUGCAGUAAUUGUAGUGAGCUCUUGGAGUGUUCUGUUGAAUAAAGUUGGAAAGUUUUCAUU